AAAGAGAUAAAAUCAACUUCCUGGAGCAAUCACUGCACGACCUUAGGGAAAGGCAGAAUGACUAUGAGAACAGAAGUGGUACCGAGAAUGGAAACCCUGGUAGCAAUCAAGGAAAUGUGAUGGGUAAUGGAAAGGAAAAUAACAUAUUAGAACUCUCCAAGGAUUUGAAGAAAAUCACCCCUCCUAAGUUCGAUGGGAGGCAGAUUGGUGAAGGGGCUGAAAAUUGGCUAAAUGAAAUGGAAAAAUAUUUUGAGCUAAGAGAUUUUAGCGAAACAACUAAGGCUUUAUGGGGCUCCUAUCAACUCACAGGGGAGGCGGCUAGCUGGUGGACCAACACCAAGGAACAAAAUGGGUAUAACAGGGAUACAAUCACAUGGGAUCAAUUUGUUCACCAUUUUCGAGAUAGGUGGCUCCCUCAAUUGUUCUUUGAUGAGAAAGUGACAGAAUUCCAUAAUCUACGUCAAGGGUCCCUAUCCGUUCAACAAUAUUGGGAUAAGUUUGCCAAGUUGCUUAAAUAUGUGCCUAUGUACCAAAGGGAUGAAGAAGGCCAAGCAAGGAAAUUCAUUUUGGGGCUGAAUACCAACAUAGGGGCAGAGGUUGAUAUGCAUGGACCCAGAAAUAUGAAUGAAGUACUUGAAAAGUCCCUAAGGCAAGAGAGGAAGAUUCAGACACUAGCAGGACGAAACUAUAAUGGGAAUCACUCAUUCAAAAGGAAGCAAGAAUUCAAUGGAAACACUAAUUUCAACAAGGGUCAAAGGAAUAACUCUUCCGAAAGGAGACCACCGCCUAAUCAAUAUCAGAGGAAUGGGAAUGAUAAUAACAGGGGCAAUAAUAACAGGGGCAAUGAUAACAGGGGCAAUAAUAACAGGGGCAAUGAUAACAGAGGCAACUAUAACAGGAAUGACCAGCAGAAAAGGAUAACUUAUCCACCCAGGGGAAAUGAAACAAGGAAUGAUCCCCCUAGAAAUCAAGGUAGGAGAGGUCCUCCAGGCGGAUGCUUUAUGUGCGGGGAAAACCAUUUUGCUAGAGAUUGCCCCAGGAUGCAAGGACAAAUUAGAGCCAAUCAACCCCAACAAGGGCCCCAACAGAGGAUUCAUGCAGCAGUUAGGAACCAAAGAAGGAGAUACCAGAAUGUUCCCGUGGAAACUACAGGUCCAAGAAACGGGGGGAAUAAUGAUAGAGCCAUUCAGAAUCUUGGAGAGGCGCCAGUGCCAGUUGCGCAACAGAGAGGUUGAUCAGUGCAAAGUGCAAUGGGACCAGUAUGACGAGAAGAAUGCCACGUGGGAGGAUACUAAGGAGAUGCAGCAGCUAUUUCCCUUUUUGUUUUGAACAUGAACUAUAAACUCUUUUGAAUGCAUUUAAUAAGUGCAUCGGGACGAUGCACCGAUUAA